AUGGGUGGGUGGAGAUAUACAAUUUUUCAAUGUUUUGAUAAUCCAGGGAUGUGCUUAUGGGCCUGCUGCGUUCCUUGCGGCAUGUCCUGCAUGCAGGCAUGUGAUGCAAAAUAUUCUGACCCUGACAACAAAAAUGCAUUAAUAACUGCGUUUCUUUGUUCUUGCUGUUUAGGAUGCAUUGGGUCGGUUUAUAAUCGAUAUAAACUUAGGAAAAAACUUCAUGUAGAGGAUAGCAUUCUAUAUGAUAUCUUAUUUUGGUGCUGCUGCCCAUGCUGCUCUGCGACACAAGAGUGGAUGACUGUCUUUUCCGAGAAAAAAGCAAAUCAAAAGGUUACAAUAUGGGAGCUUAAAAAUCAAGCUUAA